AUACAGAGCGGAACGUUCACGCGCGCACAGUUUGUGCACGGAGCCUAUUGACGUAACACACGACCAAACGUUCCGUCAGCAUGCUUGUCUCAUGGUGCAGCUGUAGGUAGUUAUUUUACAAAUAUUACUGUUGAAUGCUUUUAAAGAAAUAUAUUCUAACAGACUGAUAGAUAUAGAUACGUUUUACAUAUAUAAAUAUUUACUAUUUUCCGCGUUAACAUGCGUGUCACAGGUCUGUCUUAAUGAUAUAAAGCGUCAAAAUAACAUGUAAACAUUUGGUCAAAUUCAUGUAAUAACAGAAAAAGCUGGACAGCACCUUAGUUUUUCUGAUUGUUCAUUAGGUUACUUAAAUAAAACCUUAGGAUGUCUAAAGUUAAACUGAAGAAUCACGCUGAAAGUGUUCAAACUAAUGGUCAGAAGAAGAAAAAUAAACACGAUAAUGAUAAAAAGACGUUUUUCUACGACACAACGACAGUCAGAAAUAAGAAGACGAAACCAAAAAGUGUAAAGCCAAGUGUUAUGCCCCCUUCAAAAGUUGAAGAGUAUUCGUGCAACUGGAAGACGUUACUGCAGAUUCUUGCUUCCAAACCUGAAAAGAAGGAUGAAGACACAAAACAGGCAAAAACCACAAACAAUAAAGGAAAGCAGCAUCAGAACACACAGUCAGUUUCCAAAGACUCUCAUAAACCAGAUAAACCCUUCAAAAAACCUGCUUCCGAGACGUCUGGAAGAGCAGAAAAAGAUGGAUUCCAACAGAACGGAAAAGACUCCACCGGACACAAACAAUUCAAAGCAGAGAAGAGGAAAAGAAAGGAGGAAAAAGAGAAACCGAUGAACAAAAAGAAGAAAGUUGAGGAGGUGGAAAUGAAAACCGCAGAGCCUGAUAUCUGGUUCGAUGAUGUGGACCCGGAUGACAUCGAGGCUGCGGUGGGGCCCGAGGCUGCAGAUAUCGUACGGAAACGCAGCGGGGUGCUGAAGUCCAGUGCAGAAGUCACAGAGAGCGCGCUGGUGAAAGAGCACGCGUUUGAGGGAUUGACCCGGGCUGUUGCUAUGGACUGUGAGAUGGUGGGCGUCGGGUGUGAUGGCGAGGACAGCAUUCUAGCACGAGUCUCCAUCGUCAACCACUUUGGGAAGUGCAUCUAUGAUAAAUACGUCAAACCCACGGAAAAGGUUACGGACUACCGGACGGAUGUCAGCGGCAUCAGACCGGCGGACAUCAAAAAUGGUGAGGACAUCAAGACAGUCCAGAAAGAAGUGGCUCAGAUUCUGGAAGGAAGAAUAUUAGUGGGACACGCCAUUCACAAUGAUUUAAAGAUUUUGCUGCUGGAUCAUCCCAAGAAGAUGAUCAGAGACACACAGAAAUACAAACCAUUUAGGCAGAGAGUAAAGAGCGCACGUCCUGCGCUGCGGGUUUUAUGCAAAGAGAUUCUCAAUGUUAAAGUCCAGCAGGGUGAACAUUCAUCUGUCCAGGACGCACAGGCCACUAUGAGGUUGUACACUCUGGUGAAGAAGCAGUGGGAGGCGGAGCUUAAAGCAGCCCGGGGGGGUACAUUUCAGAAGAGCCCCCGAAAACCCAAAGCUUCUAAAAACCAGAGCAAAUAAACUCGGAUCAGCCAGUAAAAACUCAUCACAACUCUUCAGACUGAAACUGAACACGGAUCUGAGCGGGGAACUACUUUACUGACAUGCUUUGUUCUGGAGCAAUACCUUCUGAUGAUGAUGAACUGGGUUUAAUAUUCCUUUCUGAAUGUCUCUCAGUUUGUAACAAGUCCCAGCUUCUGUUAUUUGAUGGAGGAGACCAUCAAACCGUUCAGAAUAUCAAUAAAUAAGUGUAACUGUA